AAAUGCACUCUGGGUCACUGUCAACAUGGCAGCCUGCGUGGUGCCCGAGGAUUACUGUAGCUAGAGCUUAUAAGCGAGUAGUUUAACCUUAUGUUGUUGUUAUCACUGAAAUAAGCAUGUUUCAGUUACUCUGCUGUAGAGCAAGCAUCAUUGCUCCGGUGCGGUCAUUGUCGUUAAGCCCGCGAUGCAAUAAAACAACAGCUAUAUGGAAACUUUCACGGUGGUCUCCACAAUCUCUAGCAUACAGCUCCUCACAGCAGCCUGGAAAUGCCGUCAGUCGUAUUUGGAGCCUCACUCAGAGAGCUGUCCGCCACUCCACAACCCGAACAACCAAACCCCGAGGAUUGGCCCUGAAGUUCAUCCUGGGACCAGCCGUACUCACUGUCUCUGCACGGCUGUUCUGCCAAGCAGCUCACUGUGAGGCAGAUGUGAAUAACAACACCCUGGUGGAACUUGUGGCCCAAAACCCUGUGCCUGAGUUCAAAUGGCAUAUCCUGUGGGAAUUUGUCAAACCUCAGCUGUUUGCUCUUAUUGGUGCUGUUGUGCUUGCUUUUGGUGCAGCUAUCUUGAAUAUCCAAAUUCCCAUGAUUCUUGGGGAUCUGGUGAAUGUUGUGGCACGUUACCUGAGAGAACAGACUGGGAAUUAUUUCCAUGAGAUAAGAGGUCCUGCACUGAAACUACUUGGACUGUAUGGUAUCCAAGGCCUGUUGACAAGUGGCUACAUCAUUCUGCUUUCAAGGGUGGGGGAGAGAGUGGCAGCAGACAUGAGGAAGACACUUUUUGCUUCCUUACUGAGGCAAGAUGUGGCUUUCUUUGAUGCCAAUAAAACUGGACAGCUGGUUAACCGUUUGACUGCUGACAUUCAGGAGUUCAAGUCAUCCUUUAAAUUAGUCAUCUCUCAGGGUCUGCGGAGUAUUACACAGACAGUUGGAUGUUUCGUCUCUCUCUACAUCAUCUCCCCCAAACUCACAGGUUUGACGGUAGUUGUCCUCCCCUGUCUGGUGGGAGCAGGGGCUCUCUUUGGCUCAAUCCUCCGCAAACUAUCCCGUUUGGCUCAGGACCAGGUGGCAAAAGCAACCGGCGUGGCAGACGAGGCACUUGGCAAUGUGCGGACUGUAAAAGCUUUUGCAAUGGAGGAGCGGGAGCUCCAGUCAUAUGCAUAUGAAGUUGACAAAUCAUGUGAGAUGAAUGAAAAUCUUGGUGUUGGAAUUGCAGUUUUCCAAGGAAUGUCAAACAUUGCCCUGAACUGCAUUGUCCUAGGAACUAUUUUUGCUGGAGGAACUUUAAUGUCUAGCAAUGAAAUGUCCCCUGGAGACCUCAUGUCUUUCCUGGUUGCUUCUCAGACUGUUCAGAGGUCAUUGGCCAGUAUCUCUAUCCUUUUUGGACAGAUGGUUAGAGGGUUAAGCUCUGGGGCCCGGGUCUUUGAAUACCUAGCUUUGGUGCCUACCAUUCCUCUGUCUGGAGGAGGACGCAUCCCAUCCAAUUCUCUGACAGGAAGAGUAGAUUUUAUGAACAUUUCAUUCAGCUAUCCAACAAGACCUGGCCAUCAGAUCUUGACUAAGUUCAACUUAACGCUGCCACCUAGUAAAACUGUCGCCAUUGUCGGAGAAUCUGGAGGAGGAAAGUCCACUGUGGCAUCCUUACUGGAGCGCUUCUACGACCCGACCAGCGGCGUAGUUAUGCUGGACGGACUCGACAUUAGAAAACUCGAUCUGUCCUGGCUCAGAGGACAAGUCAUUGGAUUCAUCAAUCAGGAGCCGGUUUUGUUCGGAUCAUCUAUCAUGGACAACAUCCGCUUUGGGAAGCCUGAGGCCACAGAUGCUGAGGUCAUCAACGCAGCCAAGCAAGCCAACGCUCACCUCUUCAUUACAGGUUUCCCAGACGGCUAUAACACUGUGGUUGGUGAGCGAGGCGCGACGUUAUCAGGUGGCCAGAAACAACGCAUCGCCAUCGCCCGUGCCUUGAUCAAGAACCCCUGCAUCCUGGUGCUGGAUGAAGCCACCAGCGCCCUGGAUGCGGAAUCAGAGCGAGUGGUACAGGAGGCUCUGGACAGGGCCACUAGUGGUCGCACUGUGCUAAUCAUCGCCCACCGGUUGAGUACCAUUCAAGGAGCUGACCUCAUCUGUGUCAUGAGCAAUGGACGCAUUGUAGAGGCCGGGACUCACAUGGAACUGCUGAGCAAAGGAGGACUUUACUCUGACCUGAUCCGCAGGCAAAGAGUUGAGGGGCAGAAAUGAACACACCAAAACUUGUCUACUGUAGUAGUGCUGU